UGUAUCCAGCAUAUUGACAUCUAUCACUGCAUUAACGCCUCUUAAGAUCAGAUGGGUUCAGUGUUUAUGCAUAUAUUGAGCAAAUUGACACUCGCGUGGACACUGAUAACAUGCCCUGCAGGACAAGGACUGCACGCGAUCUGUGCACAAUCUUUGUCAAAAUCUACAACGAAAACCCAAUGCAGUCUUAGGACCGCCUCCUUUUACCGCCUACAUGAACUUAUUAUCAGAACACGACUUUGAAAUGACAGUAUAUUAAAGUUUGCUUUUGUAACACAUCUGACAACUUAACCUUUGUUCUCAGACCUUAGAUCGGCGUUCUCAGAGACUCGUGACCGGCGGGAUGAUAAUGGUUCAUUUACAUUUUAAUUUCUUCUUUACAAAAUGAAUACUGUAAGUCGCUCAUUAUCUGCAGCUGCGGACAACGUCGAUGACAUUUUAACAGCAGUUAAUGCUGUACUAUUUAGCUUUGCGUCACAUGACCAACAUGACAAACGUUGGUUAUUAGAACUGUUUGCUGUAGGAAGUGGACAUUUCGAAAUAGUAUGAAUAGAAAAACCUGUAGGUUCUUUGGAUUUCCAUUUUUCACAAUGCACUGAGACAAAGUACAACUGGAUGUUCGACUGAGAUGUGAGCUGAGAAUCUAUUUCCAGGUGUUCGCUGUCCGUGCUUGAAAACCAAGUAAUGAUUCAAGCUGGAAAAACUGUUUCCUUUUUGGCGCUCAUUUGUUACAUUGCAGAAGCCGCAAUGGAAACGAAUGAAACACGACUCUAUAAAGACUUGUUUAAAAACUACAACAAAUACACGCACCCGGUUAUCAACGAGUCUGGACCUGUUACAGUCGCGUUUGACUUCCAACUGAUUCGCAUUAUUGAUGUGAGCGCUAAAGACCAGUUUAUCAAGACAUAUGCUUGGGUUAACCAGUAUUGGAAUAACCCUCACCUUAAAUGGGAUCCUGAUAAGUACAAUGGAAUCAAGGAGAUUCAUGUACAGCCCGCGGAUAUCUGGGUUCCAGAUAUUCUGUUGUACAACAAUGUUGACGACGAAGACCGUUUUGCCGGUGGAAGAUACACGUACAAAACCAACGUUGCCAUGAAAUACGACGGGAAUGCCACGUGGUUGAAUCCCGCCAUCUUCAAAAGCAUUUGCAAAGUUGACGUCACGUAUUUUCCGUUCGAUGAUCAGGAAUGCAUCCUCAAGUUCGGUUCGUGGUCUUUUGACAGCUCAAAAGUGGAUCUCUAUGCACACGGAGGCGAUAUGUUGAACACGAACUAUGUUAAAAAUGGAGAAUGGAAGUUAACAGUCCUGAAAUCGCAACGAAACAAACUCAAAUAUCAAUGUUGCCCACACGAGUUCGUAGAUGUCACUGUAAAGAUCCGACUUCAGCGUGAAUCUCUGGAUUUCAUUCUCAAACUGAUCAUUCCAUGCUCGCUGAUCUCUUCCAUGAUAUUUUUAGGGUUUGUUCUUCCACCUGAGUCCGGUGAACGCAUUGGACUGAGUAUCACAGUUCUUUUGGCCAUGACGGUGUUUCAACAACUCAGUUCCGAGCUUAUGCCAUCAUACGGUUUUCCUCUGCUAGGGCAGUAUUACUUCGCUUGCAUGAUCGAGAUCGGUGCUUCUUUAGUUGUCACCACUCUCAUACUAAACUUCUAUCAUCGUAACAGCCGACCAAUGCCAAGGGCUCUGAGAGUUUUGAUCUUGAAAUGGCUUGCUCGUGUGGCGUUCCCGCAAAAAAAUGCCAAAGACUGGAACGUCGAUUCGUCAUUCAUCGAAGCCUCGAACGCAGCAUACAAGAGAAACUCAAGCCAUGAGGGGCUGGGAGAUCAAGGCUCCGACAGUGAGAAAGCUUCGCUGUCUUAUGCUGAUUCGCUUUUUGAACGCAAUGAGUCCAAGAUAUCCUCCACUUAUUCCGAUCCGUGGAUCCCAUUACAAAACAAAAACGAGUUUGGUUUACCAACCAAUGGCAUAUCGGGAAACAGACCCAAGUAUACCAGUCACAACAGAAAAACGAAUUUUUCUAACUAUAGAAACAAGCGUCGACGAAAGACCUCGAGAGAUCAGCUCUACUCUCGUCGCCAGAGCCCUGCCAAACAAAGCUCCUCCGUCACCUCGUCCUCAGUACUACUCGACCUUUUUCAGAAUGCUGGCGAAAUGGAACUCUCUCCAGAGAAGAGGAGACAUCAGAAGGAGUGGAUUAAGGCGGCUCGUGUGUUGGACAGGCUGUUCUUGAUUGUGUCAGUUUUGAUUGGUGUAAUUACUCUCCUAGCCUUGUUUUUGAAAGCUCCUAGGUUUCAUUGAACCAUAUUCUGCUCCAUUCUCCGAGAUCGAUGCUAAACCUCAACGUCCCUUAAUGGGUUUACUUGGAGGGUCCUGAAGGGGAAGGGGGAGGGGGCCGGGUGCGGGGGAAGGGUACCAAAUCCAUUUUCCAGCCCAUAUUUUUCUCCCAAGUCCCUCUUCCCAGUGCUAAAAUCCCAUUCCCAUAGGCAGAAUUCUGCAAGAAAUCCCAGUGUCUCUUUUCAUUUUACUCUUCACAUCCGCAAAAUUAUGGCUUCUAAAUACGACCCAACAAAGACACAAAAAUUCGCAAUUUCGAGGAUUUGCGAAGAUGUUCUGAUGAUAAUAGGAUCGUUUUAGACUGUACUGAAGCAUGUAAGUUGGGAAGGUAUACUGAUUAGUUAGGUUACAAGUUCCUGCUACUUCACAUUCGUAUCUUUCCUGUCUACAAAAAUUUUGGUGUUCUUAUAUCUCGGAGCCUGGUCGGACGGAUCACGCUUAGCGUUGUUUCAACAGCGCUGUCAACCUCUACUUCAGAGUCACUGUCAUUGCCACUCACACUUAAGCUGUCUACCACGUCGUUAGGAGACUCUGGUAGUAAUUACUGGCACCCUCAUUUGAACUACCCGGCUCAUCACUUUUGCUUGAAACUCUUUCUACGCCUUUCAGUGAAUUCAGAUUGACUAAUUUCAAGACCGUUUCAGUUUCAUAUAAGUUCAGAGGCAAAGUGUCGGCCCUGUCCAUUGUGUUAUUUCGUGUUACAUUUCGUUGUCUGAUGGAUUUACCAUGCACCUGAGCCCAGGCCCUCAUUUCAGCUUGCUCAUUUCUGGUUAUCUCCUAUGAGGUUGGCUUUGGAAUUUUGAUGCGAGGUAAGGAAACUGUAUGUGAUGUUGGCAGUUUGCAAUAUCAGUUUGGAUGUGCGUAGUAAGCUGCUGCCCACUUUAAUUUGAAACACUUUUCACUGCUUCUUCAACUGAUGUGCCAAACACCAUCGCAUAUUCAUACAUUGCCUCUCUCUUAAAAUUUGGCGACAAGUCCUGUAUGCUGGCUUCGGUCCAUUAAGAGACUUCUUCAGAUCAGAAGAACCUCAAAAUUUCGAGGGAUUUCAAACACUUAUUGGAUAUAGUACUAACUACAGGGCUAUCGGUGAUAAACGAUUCAUGCAAAGAUCGUAGCACCUUAUAUGCUGGCAAAAAAAAAAAA